ACUGCUUGUAUCAAAUCACGCUAUACUACAUAUCGAUAUUUCUUAAGAUCUCUUCGUGCAAGAUGGAAAAACCCCCGCUAGAACAACAACUACACCUAGCAGCUAUUCAAGGUGACGCCUCUAAUAUUUAUGAUUUAGUCAUGGGUGAGAAAUUAAACGUCGAUUGCCCGGACAAGGAAAAUACAACACCCCUAAUGUUCGCCUCUGCUAACGCUCAUCUUGACUGUGUUGAAGAACUCUUGGGCCUUGGUGCUGACCCAUCAGCCAGACGUCAAACAGGAACAACUGCCUUAUUUUUAGCAUCACAGUGUGGCUCUCUUGAUAUAGUUCAAGAACUUCUCAAAAAAAAUCCUUCCGUAGUUGAUUUACCAAAUUAUGAAGGAGCAACGCCACUAAUAGUAGCAUGUCAAUGUAACCAUCUGGACGUUGCUACUUUGCUGAUUGAGACUGGGGCCGAUAUACAAGCACAGAUGAGUGAUGGAACAACCGCUUUAUUUCUAGCGGCUCAAAAUGGCCAUUGCCGAAUUAUAGAAUUAUUAUAUAAACACGAAGCCUCUGUAAAUGAGCAAAGGAAAGACAAAGCCAGUCCUUUGUGGAUAGCUUGCCAAAUGGGUCACUUGGAUGUAGUAAAGCUUCUUUUGAAACUAGGUGCAGAAGUAGACGCUGCGAGAGAAGAUGGAGCAACACCACUAUUUAAAGCCACUCACAAAGGACAUUUGGAAAUAGUUCAAGAAUUAAUUAAACACAAGGCGAAUUUAAAUUUGUUGCCAAUUGGGGAAAGUGCUCUUCAUGCAGCUGCUCUUUUCGGUCACGGUAAGAUCGUUAAAGAAUUAUUCGAAAGUGGAGCCGAUCCCCAGUUGAAGAAUUCUUAUGCACAAACUCCGGCUGAUUUGGCAAAAGACGCUGGUUACGACGCUAUUUAUAACUAUCUAAAUAAUCCAUCGUCUUCUGUUAUAUAA